GUAUUCUUUCAUUUUCUUUCUAAUUAAGCUCAUUCUUUUCUAAAAAUAUGACUAAUUGUGUGUGCUUAUAUUGUGUUAAAACUCAAUGGUUUGGUUUUACUUUGUGGAACUUGAUCUGGAUUUUUGUUGCUUUACUUGCUUGUCUUCAACAAGAAAGAAGAUUUUGCUUGUUGGGGUUUGCUGGUUUGAGUUGUACUUUGUUUUUUGUUUUUUUUAUAAUUCUGGGCCAGCUUGCACGUUUCUCCACUAUUGCAUCACAUACAUGCCAUCUCCUACCAGCAGGGGCGGAUCUAGCAUGUGGAAUACGGUUUCGGUAGAACCCAAUAGCUUUGGUUCAAAUCCCAUAUUUGUCUUAGGAAAUCCAUUAAAUAUGUACUAAUUGAUUAAUUUAGACACCAGUAACUUAAACAAACUACAAUUUGAACUCAUAAACUUCAAAUUCUAGCUCCGCCUUUGUCUACCCGCUAUAGGGUAACUUUGCCGACCAAAGUUUAGGCAUUUGAGUGCUGGGUUGAGUUGUAUUAGUUCAUUAUUUCUUUUGAGCUUAAGAUUAUACAAAUUGGAGAGUAUACUUUGAUUUUGUUUUCGUAGCUAAUGGCUUUUUAGGGAUAUGAGUAUUUGGUGUGCAUAAAUUUUGUAUGCAUUUUUAUCUACUUUGGAGGAAUUUAAUCUGGAUUUUUGUUGCUUUACUUGCCUUUUUUCAACAAGUAAAAAGAUUUUGUCUUGUUGGGUUGCUGAAUUUAGUUGUAUUAGUUGAUUAUUUGUUUGAACUUAAGGGUCAUGUAUCCUUUAAUAUUGUUUGGUAAGCUAAUGGUUUCUGAAGGGUAUUGUUAAUUAGUUGUCCUUAUAUUGUGCUUAAAGUCUAUAAUUUGGUGUACUUAAGCAGAAUUUGAUCUGGGGUUUUUUCGCUUUAAUCACCGGUCUUGGACAAGAUAUGAAAGUUUGGUCUUUUGGAUUGCUGGAUUAGUUGUAUUGGUUUAUCACAUGUUUGAGCUUGAGGAUUUCGGCGUCUUACAUAUUGUUUCUUGCUUGUUGAUGGGAUGAUGAUGUAUUAGUAGUAAUGCUAUAGUUUCAGUUAGUUAUUUAGGUUUAUUGUUUUAGGUGAACGAUUUGACACUGUUGUGGAUUUUCUACGCAUAGGUGAACUGCAAUCGCACAUGGUAACCUUGACUAGAAAUUCUUAUUUGAUGGGAGGCUGAUAUUCGGACCAGAUGCUAAGUCACUGAUCGUCACCUUUACGCUUAUCCUUGUCCCUGUUGUUACAUUUUGCGUAUUUGUUGCAAGAAAUCUUGUUCACGAAUUCUCAACAGGAAGUACAGGAUAUGCAAUUAUGGUCUUAGCAAUUGUCUUCACAAUCUAUGUCUUCUUGCUUCUAUUUGCAACAUCAACUAAGGAUCCUGGCGUUGUUCCACGUAAUUCUCAUCCUCCAGAGGAAGUGUUAGGUUAUGAUUCUUCAGCUUCCAAUGAAGCUGGUGGGAAACCUUUGCCUCGCACCAAACAAAUCCUAGUCAAUGGUCUGCCCGUGAAAGUUAAAUAUUGUGAAACAUGCAUGUUGUAUCGUCCACCAAGAUGCUCUCAUUGCUCAGUAUGUGAUAACUGUGUGGAGCGGUUUGAUCAUCACUGCCCUUGGGUGGGUCAAUGCAUUGGAAAGCGCAACUAUCGUUGCUUCUUCCUAUUUGUUUCGUCAACUGCUCUCCUCUGUGUUUAUGUCUUUUCCAUGUCGGCGUUAUAUCUUAAGCUUCUUGUGGAUGAUUAUGGAACUAUUUGGAAGGCUAUUAAAGUAUCGCCUGCGUCAGUGGCACUGAUGGCGUAUUGUUUUGUUUCGCUGUGGUUUGUUGGAGGUCUCACUGGCUUCCAUUUGUAUCUCAUAUGUCGAAAUCAGACCACAUAUGAGAACUUUCGUCAUAGAGGACUAAGAGGAGAUAACAGGAUCAAUGUGUAUGACCGAGGUUGCACGAACAAUUUUCUUGAAGUAUUCUGCUCAAGGAUUGAACCUUCGAAAAACAAUUUCCGCGGAUAUGUGCAUGAAGAGGCAUUAAAGUCUAGCAAGGUAGGAAACAUUCAAGUAACGGAAGUUGAUACCUCUGAUGGGGAUAGAAGAGUCAAGGUAGAAGAAGAUCUUGAGAUUGGAGAUGAUCUCAUGAAGAUAUCCCAACGACGUAACUCUCAAGAUAUUGGAGAUAUUCGAGGUAGAGGAAGCGACAGGUCACCCAUAAGUCGUUCUGAGCUUGACUUUGGAUUUGGUCUGGAGUCACAGUUUUCGUCCAGAUCAGAGAGUCGCCAUUCUGGCUGGUGAAGCUGAAGUGAUGGUAACUGAACCGAUAAUAACAUCUUGAUUUUGCAGUCAGUUCCAAGAUUUGAAAUAUGAUACAUUAAGGUGUCUAGCCAUCAAAAUGCAUCUCGAGUGCUCUUUCCGGGUAACAUUCUUGCUCAACCUCUUUUCGUGGACGAGACCAGGCACAGAACAGCACAAAACACAGAUAAUCUGUUGACUUUGAUAAUAUUUUUGCUGGUUAUUAUUUGCUGAAAGAACUAGGAAGAUAUGUCAAAGGCAUUUGAAAACGUAUACAUGUAAUCAUUCUUUUCCUGUUA